GAAAUUAUGAAACCACUUACUAUGAAGUCAUGAUGGAAGACACUGGGUUAAAAUAUAAGUUUAUGGUUAAUGGUUAUAGCUAGAAGAAACUUGAAGAACCUCUAAACAGGAUUUGCGAUGAAAUAAAUGACAUACAAGUAUCAUAUUUCUUUAACACACAUAAUUACCACUUUAAAAUUAGUUAAAAGUAAUAAUAUCGAUUCUAAUAUUGAGAAUUAUACGAGCACAUACUUUCGCUGUCAACCUGACAGAUCGAGGUAAUGAUUUGUAUAUAGUUUACUCUUAGUAAAAUUUGUCAUUACACGAAAAGCCUGUUAAGGAGUGAUUCCAAUGCAAGCGACGUCAAAAAACGAACACAACGGGACUCGAUACAAUUUAUAUAUGUUGCGUAUCCACUUUAAUACUUUAUAAAGUUGGUUUUCAAAAUGCUAUUACUUCCAUUUUAUCAUCAAAACAUUUGUAAUGUAUUAUAAUGAUUUUUACAAGUAAAAAAAAAUAGUACAUUAAGAGAAUUAAGUUUCAUGAACCACAAUGUAAUAUUUUUAAAAUAAACUGUAGCGGAAAGGUCGCUGUGAUAAACGUAGAUCAUGGGUAAAAACAGCAAAAAGGCAAUGGCGGCUAUUCUUCAGACGGUCACUGAAUUUAUUAUGAAAAAUUUUGGAAAAAUGUAAUCGAAGCUUCGUGUUCAACGAGAAGAUAUUCGAGGUGUGGUGCAAAGGGAGAGGGGUGGUAUUGCUUGCAAGAAUAGAGAUGGCACACAGUAUGUGUACACAAUGGCAAAUAAACAAAUGGAGCGAUUCUUAGGCUCAAUGUGUAACGAAUGGUGGUUAAUAGUGGAGCAAUUAGAAAAGAUCGUCGGCAGGCAGGAAGGAGUAAACAGUCGAGUGUACUUGAGUAAUGAGCGAGACUCGGCAUCAUCUUCACUCGGUCUCGGACUUAUAUGCAGCCGACGAGAUAGAAGUUCUCCUUUUAGAAGAGAUUCGUGACCUGGAACUACCAGCUUCUGCAUAUUCUAGACCUGAAGAUAUUCAGGACUUCGAAAUUGCAGGUAGUCGUUCAGGGGGGCAAAUUAGCUCCCAACCUUUGGAACUGGAUUCACCAGGGGUUCAUUCAUGGGAUUCACAUGCUAAUUACCAUGGUUAUGGUUAUGGCGAUUACCAUGGCUCUUCCUCUAAUGCUUUGGCUUGGCCAAGAGCAAGUCACUUGGUUCUAUAUUGUGAUAUACAAGGACAUCUUAAGACAGCUAUUGGUGUUGUUAGACUCUUACUGCUUAUAUCAUCUGCAGCAUGUCUGGCAACAUUGUGCAGUUCUGGUACUGCCAAGGUCAGCUUAUUUAUGUUGCCUUUAGUUGGACGGCUGCGUUUUAUGAUCUUUGUAGCUGUUUUCUGUUUUUUGAUCACCGCAUUGCUCCUCUUCCUUGAUAUCUCACACAUUGUCUAUGUUUUUCCUCUCAACUGGGCUAAAUUGAAUGCUUGGAUAUUCACUGGUAUAGGCUUAUCUUAUGCCUUGAGUAGUGCGUUACUAGCAUGCUCUAUAUGGGAAUAUCACAGUGGAGGUUGGGUACCAAGACGUACUCGUUCUCAGUUGUCUGCUGCAGCAGCACUUGGACUGUCUUGUGCUAUCUUAGCAUUUUUACUUUCAUGGAUACAUGGUCGCAGUGGAUCUAGUUGUAGGGGCCCAGAUAGCCGCAAUCAUACCCCAACGCAACUUUAUAAACCUGUCGACAAUUCUUCUUCUUCUGGAGUUACUCUCAAAGAGCGCAGUCCUAAAAGACCUACUUCAUGGAAAACUCAACAAUCAAGGAAGCAGACUGCAGACAGUGAUACAAAUACGAAUAACGGUCACCAUAGCAAUGAUAAUCACUCAAAAUAUAAGCAAGGUGCUACCAGAAAAGAUCAUUGGGCUUCUGCGAGGCAACAUUUCUUACCUUCUGAAGAUAAUGUUGAAGAAAUUCAAAGAGAUGAUGUUGACACUGAAAGGAGAAGAAGAAGGAGAAAAAAAGACGGUGAUGUUAGUUCAACGGGCGAUGGAAAUUUAAUAAAUACCAAAACUGAUAGUGGUCAUAUUAUAGACGAUAACAAAACUAGACGGGUGCCACGACAGUUACCUUUACAAUCGGUAGAACAGUCUCGUCCUUGGCCCAGUGCUGAGCACAGAGGUAGUGGUUCUAUGCAAGUUAGAAAUAAAAAUUCACAAUUACCAGUGAACAGUAACGCACAGGACUAUUGUGGUAUAACUGAAUCUAGUUCAAUGCAAGUGACUCAAAAUGGUUUCCAUUGGGAGAUGGAAUGUAUGUCCAGUACCAGCAUUGAAAAAGUGGAAAUGGCUAUGGCUCGUACAGCUAUGUGGUCUGAACAAUGGCAACCACCACCCGAUGACGUUCAACCUUGCUCUAGCAAAACUAUUGACCCUUAUGGCUUUGCCUGAUUCAAUUUGGAAAUGUAUGAACGUACCUUCAAAAAUUACAAUUAACAAUUAUACAAUUAUAUGAUACAGAAGCUUCCCUCGAAACAAUAGUUUUGCUAUUUCACACACAACUUUUUUUCUGUCUUUACAUUAAAACUAUAGAAGACAUGUUUAAUUAUUUCAUCACAAAAAAAAAUAUCUAAAUGAAUUCGAAUUAAAUCUGUUAACUAUUUUAUAUGUAAAGUUGCACUAAUGUUACGAGUAACGCAUAGUGAUCAUGGAAAAUUAUAUCCCUGUUUUUUCAUCUUGUAUGUCUAUGGUACUAUCGCUAUGCAUAAAAAUGUAAUUUGAAGUUAAGACGUUAAUUAGUUAUUGUGAAUAUGUUUAAAUUCUUCAUAGCACUUAACAAGAAUGCAAAAUCGUCACAUCGAAAUUAUUGCUGCCAUAAAUAACAUGCUGCCAAGAUGAUUCUUUUUUCCUUAAUUGUUUAGAUGUUGACGUUUUGCAUUAUAAAAACCAAACUUCUGAAUGUUCACAUACAAAUGAUGUUAUUUCAUUUCAUACGUAAAUACAUAUGUGUAUAAUACACACAUCAAUUUUAAAACCACUAGCAUAUGAACAUCGAAACAUUUGAUUACUAAUUAUUUUUACUGCUAAGGUAUUUUGGUAUAACUAAUUAGUAAGCAUCACUUACUUAUGUUACUCUAACUGAUUUAUAAUAAUGAGGUAUGGUCACUAAGAUAAUACUAUUAUUAAAUAGAGAUGGACUUAAUACAACUACAUACAUUAAUUUUUAUAAUUUGAAAUAUUUUAUUAAUACAUUUAUGAAAGUAACAAUACAAUUUCCUGUUUAUAUAUGUAUUAAUAAUUGAAUUUUAGAUUAAUACCAAUUUGAAUAGUUAAAAAGAUAGUCCAUCUUUAUAUUUAUAAAAUGUACAUAUAUUAUUUUAAACUAUUGUAUAUAACUUCAAGAUGAUUAGACAGGGAAUAUAAAUAAGCAGUAAUGGCAUUGCAUUACACUUUUAAUUCAAAUCUUUAGUCAUUUUUAAUCUAAUAUUCUUAAAAAACUGUGUCUCCUUACCGAUUCACCUAAAUGAGAAGCAAAGUAAUUUUUAGUACAUACAUAUCGUGUUAGAGGUACAACUCUUCAUAAAAACUAUUAGAACAUUAUGUUUUUUGACCAACUGGUCUUUAAAAUCACUAGUAUAAAGAGUCGAAGUGG